CUACUGACAACUCUUGGAAAGUACGUACUUAUUAAAUUAGGGAGUACCAGAAAAAGCUCAAAAGUUGCUGCCAACAGAUUCACUGUGAAUCUGAAAUUCCUCUUUCUCGAACCAGGAUAUCUUUCAGUGUCUUUGCAGAGCUCUUAAUAUCGUUGAAUAUAUUCAUACACAAUGGGGAAUCAAGAGUCUGCCUUAAAUGACGCUCACAGUGAUUAUUAUCACCACAGCCCAGAACAUGUAAGAAAUCAAAUUGGCUCCAAUCCUCAACAUCAACCUACGACUUAUGCAGAAAGCUCCACGGAUUCUAAUUAUCGAGCUCAAGUUACAUCACAUGACGGAGGAUCAGAUAGAGCGAACUAUCAAAGGAACCAGCAAGCCUCUUACAUAGCUGAUAACUAUAACUCUUUGGAUGAGGUUAUUACCGCAUUGCGAGAAGCAGGCCUUGAAUCGUCAAACUUGAUUCUUGGCAUUGAUUUCACCAAAAGCAAUGAGUGGGCAGGAAAACAUUCAUUCAACAGAAGAAGCCUCCACUCAGUUGGUCACACAGCUAACCCAUACGAGCAAGCCAUCUCUAUAAUUGGGCGAACUUUGUCUCCUUUUGAUGAGGACAACUUGAUACCUUGUUUUGGAUUUGGUGAUGCAACCACACACGAUCAGCAUGUGUUUAGCUUUUACCCUGAUCAUCGCCCUUGCCAUGGAUUUGAGGAAGCUCUUGCAAGAUAUAAGGAAAUUCUUCCUUAUCUGAUAUUAUCAGGUCCAACUUCAUUUGCCCCAAUAGUCAACACUGCAAUAGAUAUAGUGGAAGCAAAUAAUGGGCAGUACCAUGUCCUUGUCAUUGUUGCAGAUGGACAGGUAACAAGGAGCACUGACACUCCAUCUGGAAGCCUUAGCCCUCAAGAACAGGCUACUGUAAAUUCUAUUGUUGCUGCUAGUGAAUAUCCUCUUUCAAUUAUUCUGGUCGGUGUUGGAGAUGGCCCGUGGGAUGAAAUGCAACGGUUUGAUGAUAACAUUCCCCAACGGGCAUUUGAUAACUUCCAGUUCGUCAAUUUUACAAAAAUCAUGUCUGAGCGUUCAGCGAAGGAAAAGAAGGAAGCAACCUUUGCUCUUGCCGCACUCAUGGAAAUUCCAAUUCAGUACCGAGCCACUCAAAGGCUUCAAUUCAGAGAAAGCAAAAGAGGCCCUCGUACAAGGCCACUUCCUCCUCCUCGUGAAGUAAUUGAUCAUGACAGUGCAGUCAAAUCAUUGCCGCAUCCGACAAGCUAUGAACCUGUUGACUCUGGAGCUGCAGAAAGAGAUUGUCCCAUUUGCUUGACAAACCCAAAGGACAUGACUUUUGGAUGUGGUCAUCUGCAUUUGAAUUUUAGAUUACCUACAGCUCUUACUCAUGACGGAGAAAUGGCUAUCAAAAUUCUUGCCUUGCGUUUUUUGAAUCAGACAUGCAAGGAGUGUGGUGUCACAAUAACAACAUGUCCUUUAUGCCGGGAGCCCAUUACAACUCGCAUAAGACUGUACGGCUAGAUGCACAGAACUAUCUCCUGAACUAUCUAAACUCCGCAGUUUCUCCACGAUGUCAACUAAAGAUGAUAUUCCGGAGGUGUAAACUUUCCUUGUUCCUUGAAGAAGAGCUUCCUCAGUUUGUCGUCAUACCACAGCUGAUGUGAAAUAUAUCAAAACUAUAAAUGAGCUGUAACCUAUGUAUAGCUUAUCUAGAAUUCUUCAACUGUCCUAUUUAUUGUUUAUGCACAUUUUUAGUACCUACUUAGCAAAAUGUAUAUAACUACAUGUAUGAGAGACUUCUAUGUUGAGUCAGUUCACAGCAGUGUAAGUUCAUUCCGUAGAUUGACCAAA